GAACAUAUAAACUGCAAGGUGUCAAACAGGCGGGGCAUCAGGUGAACCCGAAAAGAACCAGGAAUAUAACUGGACUACAGAACUGGACAGAGAUUCAUUCAAAGAUUGUUUGAUACUGAUAAAGCGCUUCUUUAAACUGCUGGACGGUUAUCAAAUUUGUUUUUUUCGACGGCAUAUCUUCAUGAACAUGUGGACUCCACGGACAUGUUUAUGUGGAAUUUCUAUCCUAUGGCUUUUAUCCGCUGAGGCGACAUAUCGAUAUGACAACACUUGCCAGUGCAAUGGGAGGUCUCAGUACUGUACUGUAGAUGCACAGGGCGUAGUCUGUCUGAACUGCCAGGGCAACACAGAGGGACGGCAGUGUGAAAGAUGUAAAGCAGCCUUUUACCACCAGAGGGCAGGAGAGAGCUGCCUACCUUGCGACUGUAGCCCAACAGGUGCGGUUGGGGACGAGUGUGACAGUCAGGGACGCUGCAGGUGUAAACCAGGUGUCCAGGGGGAAAAGUGUGAUCGCUGCCCCAGUGGAAUGCUCCUCACUAAGGAUGGCUGCACCCAGAGCAGGGACCAGUCUGAAUGCUUUUGCUAUGGACACACGGCUGAAUGUAGCCUGGCAAAGGGCUACUCUAUCUACAACAUCUCCUCCACCUUCAGCAAUGGGGAUGAGGCAUGGACAGCUGCAGAAGCCAAUGGAGUGACUCCUCCUCGGCUUCACUUCCGCUGGUCACCCUCGCACGGUGACCUCGAGGUUAUCUCCACGGAAAGUGUUCCUGUCUACCUGUCUGCUCCAGCUGCGUUUUUAGGGAAUCAGGUGCUGAGCUACGGACAGAGCCUGUCCUUCUCCUUGCGGCUGGACCGGGGCGUACGGAGACCUUCAACCUCGGAUGUGGUGCUGGAGGGAGCGGGGCUGAGGGUGUCUGCUUCCCUCGGCAACCUGCGGACUGUGCUUCCUGCUGGCCAGAGGACCAUCUAUACCUUCAGGCUGGAUGAGCGGGCAGGCUCUAAGUGGCAGCCCCAGCUAAGCAGCAUGCAAUUCCAGAAGCUUCUUCAGAACCUCACAGCCAUCAAGAUCCGUGGCACAUUUGGAGAAAAUGGUCGUGGUUACCUGGACAAUGUACAUCUAGUGUCAGCGCGCAUAGGUCCUGGCGCCCCCGCAGGAUGGGUAGGGAACUGCACCUGUCCCACUGGUUAUGAGGGCCAAUUCUGUGAGCGCUGUGGCGUGGGGUACACCAGACAGAGCCCUGCCCAUGGCCCCUUCAGCCCCUGUACAGCCUGCCAGUGUCCAGGUGGCAGCAGCUGUGACUCCCAAACAGGCGACUGUUACUCAGGUGAUGAGAAUUCUGCGGCAAACUCCUGCUCCGCUGGAUAUUACUCCGACCCAGCAAAGCCCCACAUCUGCCGCGCUUGUCCCUGCCCCCAGGGGGCGAGCUGCUCAGUGAUGCCGGGGUCUCUGGAGGUGAAAUGUGACAGCUGCUCGCCCGGAGUCACAGGGCCUCUGUGCAAUAUUUGUGAGAAUGGUUUCUACGGUGACCCCAAGGGGGAAUAUGGGCCACCCCAAGCGUGUAAACCUUGCAGGUGUGGAGGACCCUUGAACCCCAAUGUCCUUGUCAAAUGUGACCGCGUGACCGGCUUCUGUCCCAAGUGCAUAGACCACACCACUGGCUUCUUCUGCGAGCGCUGUGAAGAUGGCUUCUACCGCACUGACCUCGCCCAGGCCUGCAAACCAUGCAGCUGCAACGUGCAAGGAUCCUUGUCCAAAAAGUGCAGCGAUAGCGGUCAGUGUUUGUGCGGAGAGGGUUCGGAGGGGCUGAAGUGUGACCGUUCUUCUUGUCCAUCCUGCUUUGACCCGGUCAAGAGCCAGGUGGCGGCAUACCGGCUCCGGCUGAAGGAGAUGGAGGCCUUGUUCGCAGGGAUGGAGAGUGGCAAGGUGCCUGUAACUGAUUCUCAGGUGGAGAACACGCUCAGAAAGGCUGAGAAACUGGUGGCCGACCUGCAGAAGAGCGCCGACAAGCUCUCCGACACGGAGAGUCAGCUGCAGGGGUGGGUAACAGGCAUCAGCAAGAAGCUGUUUGGUGAAGAGAAAAACCUCCAGUCUGUCUCUGAUACUGUGGACGGCAUCAAAGAGCAUGACCAGGGCUUCAAGAAACAGCUAUCCAGCAUCCGGUGGAUAAUCACCGACAUCCGUGACAACCUAAGCGCUGCCAAACGGAACCUCAGACUGGUUGAUCUCCCCUUGGGCGAUUCAGACGGGACCAACCACGCCCUCUCAGGCCUAGUGGACAAGGCCACAGACCUGGCCAACACGCACCAGGGAGAAGCGAAGCAGGUGGAGGGGUUUGCCAAUACUGCCCUGAAAGAGGCGGAGAAGGCCCUUGCCCUCAUGCGCUCCGCCAUCACAGGGGAAAACAAGGUCACCGAGCUGAUCAAUGACCUGAAAACCAAAUAUGACCGCAGUUCUGCUCGGGUGAAGGCCUUGGAGGAUCAGGGUAAGCGGGUGAGCUCCUCAGCGGGAGAUGAGAGCCGAGUGGCAGCCGACGCCCUGAAGCAGAUUGCCUCACUGGCAAAGAACCUUCCCAACCCUCUGAAGGAGAUGGGCAAUGUGGCCGCAGUACUGGAUGCCCUUAAAGACAGUGCUGAGAAGAACCUGACCGAGUUGCAGGAUCUCAAUAGGGACGUUCAGGUGAAUAAGGCCAAGGUGGAGGGCCUGCUGGCCAAGGGAGAAGAAGGUCGGAAGAAACAAGAUCUGCUCCUUGCACGAGUGAAUGCAGCAAAGGCCGGUGUUGACGAGUCACUGAAGGACAUCAACGCAAACAUUGACGGGCUGAACCAAGUCCUGGACAAUCUCAAAGGGUUUGAUACGCAGAUCGACGCAAACAAGGAUUUGGCGGACAAGGCCAUUAGCAAGCUCCCGGCGAUCAAUGCCACCAUCCAGGAAGCCGUGGGCAAAAACGCUCAGACCCAGGGUGUCCUCGACAGCGUGGCUGGAGACUACAAACAGGCCCUGGACUCCGUCAAGGAGCUAGACAAUGCUCUGCAAGGGAUGAAGGGGGUGCCCGGCACUUUGACAGCCUCUGACACUUUGCUGAAAGGUGCCACCACACUCAAAGAUAAUCUGAAGGGUCUGAAGGAUCAGGCUUUGGACACGAUGGGGAAGCUAACGGCCAAGAAGGACGACGUUGAUCAGCAGAACGAGAGAGCGAAGGAGGCUUUGGCAGAUGCUCAUGAAGCUUAUGGCAAUGCCAAGAACACCAAAGAUGCAGUGGGAGAUACAAUGAAGGCCAUAAAGGACCUCCUCGGUUUGUUUGGCCAGUCAGCAAGCGUUGAUGAGAAUAAGUUGAAGGAGCUGGAGGAAUCAGUGACAAACAUGCGCAACACAGUCACAAAGAAGCUGAAGCCACAGCUGCAGGACCUGGAGGAGAAGGAGGCCAGACAGAAGGGGCUGAUCGCCCAAAUGGACAGUGACAUCGACCGCAUCCUGAAGGACAUCAAGAACGUGCAAGAUAUCGUCAAAAUCAUCCCCAAAGGCUGCGUCAACCUGCUGCCUGUGGAGAGACCAUGAGACCCUAAGCACAGACCCUUACCCAGACUCAUCCCCAAACUACUGCAAACAGCCAAACUCUAAGCACAGACCCAUCUCAAACUACUGUCCUUCAGGAGACCCUCACCACUCACCCUCUCUUCGCAUGGGGUCAAACUCGCGCACCAAGGGCACGAGGUUAAACUGUUGGAGUUCAGAGAGUUUAGACCCACGUAAAUGUCUGUGUCCAGCUGACCUCACCUCCAUCUUGCCCUUAAAGGUGACUGUUUACUAGUCAGCAAUGUUCCGACAAUGUUAAAUACAUUAUACUAUAUCAUGUAAACCUUUGUGGCUUUGACAGCACACCUGGGGAUAUUCCACAAAGCCAAGCUGUAUGCCUUAUUUAUUUAUUGAGCACAGUAUUCUGUACAGCCAAUUCACUUAAAUUUGUGCUUCUGAGAUGACACAUUGUGUGACUAUCUGGCUAAUAAAUUGGUACUUUAGAUGGCUACUACUUCUUUGAGAUUUGGUUUGUUUACUUUCCAAAAAUAGCAUUAUUCACCUAGUAGUAAAAACAUUAAUUUAGAAAAAAUGUUGGCUUUAAAGAUCCCAUGCACUUUGUUCAAAUGUUACCAACAUGUUUGAUAUUUCUUUUGUUUUGUCUGUGAAUAUAUUUAUCCGUUAUGAUGAGUGUAAACAGCAUUCUAUUUAUUGUUUUUUGUACCUGUAUUUUGUUCUAUUUUGUGAUAAUGUGGAGGUGCAUUUCUUAAAAGUAUAAUAAAAACUCACAAUGAUGCAUUUA